UCAGUUGAGAUGUCAGCUUUUACUCCAAGGAAGAGGAAGCAGCAUUCUUUGAACUGUGACAAGCUAUUAUCAGAUAUUCCCUCGAAGAAAUUCAUUUUGGACUUGACUGAAAAUAUAUUUCCAUCACCUAAUAAAAAGCACAUUUGCCAAAGCAGUGAUAAAAACGAAGAAAAGAUGCAUUGCUCUCAACAAGACCAUUUCAUUUCAAGUCCAUUUAAAACAACUAAAAAAAGUAGAUUGCCGUCUGCAAAUCAAGGUUCACCAUUUAAAUCUGCUGUGUCUACUGUAUCUUUUUAUAACAAAGAUAAGUGGUACCUCAAUCCAUUGGAGAGAAAGCUGAUAAAAGAGAGGAGACCCAUUGCUAAAAAUGAAGAUAAGUCUUCUCCCAGUGUGACAGAAAAAAUGCAGGGAAAACCAGUCUGCUCCAAGAAAAUGAACAAAAAAACACAGAAGAGUUUAACUGCUAAGUAUCAACCAAGUUAUAAGUGCAUCAAGCCUGUAUCAAAGAAUUCUAAAAAUUCCAAGCAAAAUCGAGUGGCCUAUAAGCCAAUUGUGGAGAAAGAGAAUAAUUGUUAUUCAGCUGAAAAUGAUCUGAAUGCUCCUCGGGUUCUAAGCCAAAAAGUCAAACCACAAGUUACACUCCAGAGUGGAGCCGCAUUUUUUGUUAGUAGAAAAAAAUCCUCUCUUAGAAAACUGACUCUAGAAAAUAAGCCAUUACUGGGACUCACCCAAAAGAAUAAAUCAGAAGUGAUUGAAGAUUCUGAUGAAGAGACUGUCAGUGAAAGAAAAGGUUUUGAGACAAGGCAAGUGCCAAAGUAUUUGUUACUAGAAAAGGGACUGAACAUUGAGCUGCUGGGUGCAAGAAGUAAAAACGAAGAGAAAUUAAUAAAGGAUUCAUCAGGUGGAGUAGUUUCUUCAAGGGAAUGUAAAACUCAUGAAAAUAAGUGUUUUCCUUCAGAGAAUUCUCUCAGUGAGAACAAGGCAGUUUCUCCUGAGUCCGUUGUCUAUCCCAUCUUCAGUGUUUCUUCAGUCAAUACAAAAAGAUCUCUAGUUGAAGAACAGUCUUCUCUGGGAUCCAUCAUAUCUACUAACUUUUUGAAACAGAUCAACACACAGAAAAGUACUAAUACCAGAGAUACAAAUAAAGAAACAAAAGACCAGCUCAUCAUUGAUGCAGGUCAGAAACAUUUUGGAGCCACCAUGUGUAAAUCUUGUGGCAUGAUCUAUACUGCUUCCAACCCUGAAGAUGAAAUGCAGCAUGUUCAGCAUCACCACAGAUUUUUGGAGGGAAUCAAAUAUGCAGGCUGGAAAAAAGAACGUGUAGUAGCAGAGUUUUGGGAUGGGAAAAUUGUGCUGGUCCUGCCACAUGAUCCAAGUUAUGCUAUCAGAAAGGUAGAAGAUGUCCAAGAACUUGUUGAUAAUGAAUUGGGCUUCCAGCAAGUUGUUCCCAGAUGUCCAAAUAAAACCAAAACUUUUCUCUUUAUAUCUGAUGAAAAGAGAGUAGUUGGGUGUUUAAUUGCAGAGCCCAUCAAACAGGCCUUCCGUGUCCUGUCCGAACCAACUGGUCCAGAAUCUCCAAGCUCUAAAGAAUGUCAUAGGGCUUGGCAAUGUUCAAAUGUACCAGAACCUGCAGUCUGUGGGAUAAGUAGAAUAUGGGUCUUCAGACUGAAGAGAAGAAAGCGCAUUGCAAGACGACUGGUAGAUACUCUCAGGAAUUGCUUCAUGUUUGGCUGUUUUCUCAGCACUGAUGAAAUAGCGUUUUCUGACCCAACGCCAGAUGGCAAGUUAUUUGCAGCCAAGUACUGCAACACUCCUAAUUUCCUUGUGUACAAUUUUAAUAGUUAAAGCUAAUUUCAACUCUAGAACAGUUACUGUGUAGAUGAGUUCAGACAGCCUCUUAUCAUAUAAUACGAACUACUUAACAA